UGCAGAAGGUCGGAAGGACAACAAAAUGGCGGCUGCUUCGUCAAGUUUGGGGACACAGUUCCAAGAAGAACUGACCUGCAGCAUCUGCCUGGAGCUGUUCACCAGGCCCAAGGUGCUGCCCUGUCAGCACACCUUCUGUCAGGACUGUCUACAGGACCUUGCAGGGAGGGGAGGGACCUUUCAGUGCCCAAACUGUCGUCAGCAGGUCAGGCUGCCACCCCAAGGGGUCACAGGUUUACCAGACAAUCUCAUGGCGGCAAAUAUGUGUGAGAUACUCCAACAGCAGACUUUGCUGUCAGGUCCAGCAGCAAGGGGCACAGGUCAUCACCAUGGUAACCACAGGGAAAGAGAGCAGCAUUCUCAGAGGGUGACAUUUGGUGGAAAGAGAUCAGGAACAGGACAGUUUGGUCGUCACUCAGCCCCUGCACCUGCACCUGCACCAAUCCCAGCAGAACUGGCAUCUACUACUAAUGUAGCAAGGGGCAGGGGUCAUCACCAUGGUAACCAAUGGCAAGGGGAGCCUCAGUCUCAAUAUCAGAGGACAACAUUUGGUACACAGGGAUUUGGAUUUGGACAGUUCAUGCGUCCAGUUGGUGUGACAGUGACAGAAAAAGGGGAGAUCUUUGUAGCAGACAGGGAUAACCAGAGAAUCCAAGUCUUCACCCUGCAGGGAACAUUUGUGAGACAGUUCCCAACAGUCGUGUCAGGUGAAAAGAAGAUGAGACCACAUGAUGUGGCCAUGGACGGGGAGGGGAACCUGUGGGUGGUGGGGUGGAGUGUGUCCUCUGACCUUGCAAUGAAGUACAACAAACAGGGUCGGGUGCUGGGGAAGUUUGACCUACAGAAGACAAAUUGGUACAGAGGAGUUGCCGUGGACACCAGGAGGAACCACAUCCUCAUCACACAAUUUACCAGAGGAGACUGCUGGGACAACAGACAUGGUGAAGUUUUGGUGUUCAGGCCAAAUGGGACACUUGAGAUAACUGUGGGUCAGCAGCAGGGAAUGAAGAUCCCACAGUACAUCACUAUGGACGGGGAAGGGAAUUUUCUUGUGUCAGACUAUGAGAACCACUGUGUCUAUGUGUACAACAAGGACAAACAGUUUCUGUUCCAGUUUGGAGGUGAGGGAAGUGGUGAAGGUCAACUGAAGGGUCCCCUUGGCAUCUGUACAGACAGGGCAGGUAACAUCAUCGUGGCAGACUUGGGAAACAGGCGUGUGGAGAUGUUUGACAAGACAGGCAGAUUUCUGAAACACAUCGCUACAGACAUGGAGAGGCCAUAUGCUGUUGCCAUGGCACCAGAGGGACAGCUGGUAGUGACUGAUUUUACGGAUAACAAAGUCACCAUAUUUCCCACCUUCUGUCUGUCACAAUGUCUGGAGAACCUGGAAAGUGGGGGGACCUUAAAGUGUGCUGUCUGUCGUCAGCAGGUCAGGCUGCCACCCCAAGGGGUCACAGGUUUACCAGACAAUCUUAUGGCGGCAAAUAUGUGUGAGAUACUCCAACAGCAGACUUCGCUUCCAGCAGCAAGGGGCACAGGUCAUCACCAUGGUAACCACAGGCAACAAGAGCAUCAGUCUCAGAGGUUAAGAUUUGGUGGAAAGAGAUCAGGAACAGGACAGUUUGAUCGUCACUCGGCCCCUGCACCUGCACCUGCACCAAUCCCAGCAGCACUGGCAUCUACUACUAAUGCAGCAAGGGGGAGGGGUCAUCGCCAUGGUAACCAAUGGCAAGGGGAGCCUCAGUCUCAAUAUCACAGGACAACAAUUGGUACAUCAGGAUCUGGGCCAGGACAGUUUUAUAGUCCAUCCGGUGUUACAGUGUCAGAAGAAGGGGAGAUCUUUGUAGCAGACAGGGAUAACCAGAGAAUCCAAGUCUUCACCCUGCAGGGAACAUUUGUAAGACAGUUCCCAACAGUGGUGCCAAGACGUGAAGAGAAGAUAAAACCAGAGGAUGUGGCACUGGACGGGAAGGGGAACCUGUGGGUGGUGGGGAGGACAGAGUUUGCUCAAUUUGCUGUGCAGUACAACAAACAGGGUAGGGUGCUGAGGAAGUUUGACCUACAGGAGUCAGAGUGGUACAGAGGAGUUGCUGUGGAUACCAGGAGGAACCACAUCCUCAUCAUACAAACCACGGGACACUGGGUCAACCUGCAUGGUGAAGUUUUGGUGUACAGGCCAGAUGGGACACUUGUGAGAACUGUGGGUCAGCAGCAGGGGAUGAGGUUCCCACGGUACAUCACUGUGGGUAGGGAAGGGAACAUUCUUGUGUCAGACAGUGACAAUCACUUUGUCUAUGUGUACAACGAGGACGGUCAGUUUCUGUUCAGUUUUGGGGGUGAGGGAAGAGGUGAAGGUCAGCUGAAGGGUCCUGGUGGCAUCUGUACAGACAGGGCAGGUAACAUCAUUGUAGUAGACCUACGAAACAGGCGUGUGGAGAUGUUUGACAAGACAGGAAACUUUGGCAAACACAUCACUACUGACGUGAGGAUGCCAUGUGCUGUUGCCAUGGCACCACAGGGACAGUUUGUAGUGACUGAUGUAGAGAAGAACACAGUCUCCAUAUUUCCCACCUACUGAACCUGAGUCAGGUGAGGACAAACUUUACCAAAAACUACCUGGUCUCAUUUCACAAACUUUGGAGUCAUUUUUAAGAAACUAUGUACGUCAACAAAGUGAUAUUGUUGUAAACUCUUUUAACUAUGCAGGGAUUUAAUUUUGCGGUGGCGGAGAAAUGGAGACAGUGUUUGUGAUGGUUUUUAGUUCGCAACAGCGCCAGGAAAGCCAAACUUGCAACUAGCUGGACUUGGGACGACACACAAGAUGCGAGGUACGCUUAUCUGUCAUAGCGAUGGGAGAAGCAAUAAGAAAAAGCCCUAUACUGCAAUCUUAUACUGUACUGGGAAAAUAUUGCCCACGGUUUUGAGUUUGCAGUGAAGCAGACACGGCAAAAACAGUGAAGUUCAACAUAAAACCUCUGCAAACAUUUUUGCAUUUACAAUCAU